AUGCUACAGUCCCCCUCAUCCGUCCCGACUGUUGCGACUGCUGCCGAGACCGUCGAUAAAUCGAAACGAUUACGUCGAAAAAGAAAGGCGGACACUCAGGAUAAUGAACGACUUUCUAAGCGCUUGAGUCUGCUCAAUCUUGAGCAGGGCGGUAACAAGCUCUAUGUCCCCGUCGAAGAACCAACAGCUUCAGUACCUCCCAUUCCUACAUCUUUGUCUCAUGCUCCCAAUGUCCCCACGGAUCUACCAAACCCCGACGAAACAAUGCAAUUAGAUGAUUCGAAACACAAAGUAUACAUUUACAACAUCGACGACGAACUCUCUUCCGAUAGUGAAACCGAUGACCCUGGCAAACUUGUCUUCCUUCCCGACAUCGAAAAGCACUUGCGCGCAAACCGCAUCCCCCCAUCUGUGUUAGCCAACAGCGACGGUGAGCUGGCUGGCAUGCAGGUCGUUCUCUAUAGCGAUCCCAAGUCUUUAACGGUUCCCGAGGAUAAGGACAGUGUUCGCAAGGCCAUUAUCGAGUCGAGACAACGCACAAGGGAGCAGCAACGUUUAGAAAGAGAGGGGAAGGCAGACACUCCAGCGAUACAAUGCAAUACCGUGAGUAAUGAUAUGAUGACAGGUACAGACGACCCAGACGCAAUGGAUUUGGACUAG